CGUGACAAGUCGUAAACAGGCGAGCUGUCAUGUAGAGCGUACAUACGCAAUUGCUUUAAAUACGCUUAAACUAUGUUUUAUAGUGAUGUGAAUGAAACUAUAUAAUUAACUUGCGUGAUCAACCUAAAAUAGCUUCGUUACAUGAAUAGAAAACUAUAUCUGGAAAGUAACAUUUAAACUGAAAGGAUAUUAAUAUGAGGUCUUUUCUAACGGACAUUGGUCUACAUUUUGCACACAAGUAGUACAUAUGCGGAUAAGAGUUUGUUACACCUGGUAUUAAAUUGUUUCCGACGACGUCACCAAUGAACAGGCCGACGAAAAGACCCAGCCUGAACGGCGAGGACCUAGCCAAGCCAGCAUCCCUGCUUCCUGUUAAGGCGCUGCGGGAUCUGGGUAGGAUGUUGCACCAGCCGCUGCACAUGAGCGGUACCUGGGAGAUGGUGGCGGAGGAACUAGGAUACGGCGUGCAAGACAUCCAACAAUUCGCCACGUCCGCUUCCGUCCAGCAGGAGAGGUUCCCGGGAGAGCAAAUGUUGCAGCACUGGGCGGCCCAGGGCGCCGGGCGGACAUUGUUCGUCCUCCACACUGUACUUCAUAACGCUGGCAUGCACGAGUGUGUCGAGUACCUGGAGAAAGAGAUCUACAAUGGUGUUGUGACAAUGUCGCUGAUGGUUUGCAUUCGUCACGAUGAUUCGAACUGUACGGAACACAUUAAUGUUCGGACACGCUCCGACUCGACAAUCCUCGAUAGUUUACGGAACGAUCUAGCUCAGCCAAUAGACGUCUGCUAUCGUCUCCUCGACUCCGGAGUUUCAUGGACCGGGACGCUUUCUAGAGAAUUAAAGGGUCGACAACUUAUGCUGCUGAAGCUGUCCUCGUCUUCUCCCACUGAACAAGACCCGACUAUCGGUUCUAGCAUCGACGUGUUAAAAAUUAUAAGAAAACCCAGAUCGCUAAAUACCAGCGGUUCGGAAAGCUUCCAGUCGACAAGUCAAGCUUCUAACGUCAUAUUUGAAACUACACGAUUCCCGUAUAACGACCCAAUGACUUUUAAGCCAACUGUUGUAAGUAGUCAAUGUCCGGCACCAAUCAACACGGUUGUACAAGUCGGAAAUGAAAGAAGUAACUCUUCAGAAAAUAACAGUGCCAUUAACGAGGAGGGAUCAAAAACAAUGGCCACUUAUUACAGAUCAGUUACAAGAACACUACCGUUACCAACACAAUUGGUUUCAACUGCAACAAGUCCGGGAUUACGUAAUGGUGAAUCGUCCACGUACGAUUGCGAUUCUAAUAAAACGUUACAAAAUGAGCCGAUGCAAACCUGGAUUAACCGCAGUGACAAAUGCCUUGAUACUGACAACAUUCAGGGUAUUCAGAGAGUUAGUACACACGGACACUGGAAAUCGUAUUCUGAGAUAAGUAUGUGCUCGUCAACAAAGAAGGGCACACUUGAACGUAACAUUUAUAGUGGCAUACUCUCUCCUAUUAAAAGAUCUUCAAUUGGUUCUAAAGCAGAAUCAAUAAACAAAGUGUCAAUGAACAUUCCAGUGUCUUCAAUGGAACAUCCAAACAAAACGGUCACUGCCUUAGCUGAAAAUUCCAAGGAACCUCAAAUGGAUACUGAAGAGAAUAAUUUUAAUGAAGCAUCGUUUACUAGAACACACUUUAAUGACACACAAGGGGAACCUUACAUAAAUAAAGAUAAGGUAGAAAACUCACGAGUUAUGCACAAUGAAGUUCUGAGUUUGUCUGACAAUGAGUGUGAAUAUGUUACUUACAGCGAUUUUACUAAGGCAUAUAAAGGUAAAGAUAAUGCUGUAGGUAGUGAGUACUCAGACUGGGAAUGCAAUUCCUUCGCUGAUGAUAUGUCAGCAGGAAUAGGUGAUGUUACUUUCUUGCCAUCUGAUGUGAACUUCGACAUAGGGAUACACGUUGAGAAAGAAGAUAAUGAGAUCGACAGUGACAAUUGUGAUGCUACAAGUGAUAUCGAUACGAGUUCCAUAACUUACCUUAAAUCGGUCGCGCAAAAAGAAAUACAGGACCACGCGAAUGGGUUAUAUCAGAAGAGGUCUGAGUCUGGUUUUGUAAAUGAAGGCGUGAUUAAGAAAGAAGAACGUAAUGAUGACAAUGAUUAUCCUUCUUCUGAUUCGUCUAAUUUUCAAUUUGCCUCCAGUUGUAAUUUGAAUUCUUUGCAGAGUUAUCACCUUCAAACAAUUGAUGAUUGUGGAAAGACAAUUCCGACGCAUUUAGAAAGUGAUAGAUACCCAGAAAUAAACACAAAUCGCAAUGGCUGUACAAAUUCUACCAGUAUGUCUGAGUUGUGUGGUUUAAGGCGAAACGUGCCUGGAAGGUUAAAUCGAAAGACGAAAGGAUUCCGAAACAGGAAUACAAUGUGUGGAGGCUAUUUGGGAAAAGCAGAAACGAAACAAUCAUAUGAAGUUCUCAGGAGAUUUCAAUCUUGUCCCACCGAAAGUGUAUACAUAGAUUCCACAACAGCGGACGUUGAUACCAUUGCCGAUGUUUUCUCAAUUGUUGCAUCAACAACACCUGCCAAUGAAUCGCUACCGGUAGAUUCGAAUUCAGACACUGACAGUUUUGACGUUUUUGUUCCAAAAAGACGAACCUUUCCGAAGGCAACGUUGGAUAGGUCGAAUGAUAAAGUCAAACGAACGAGACAUACCUUAUCGCCAAGCAAUCAACCGCGUGUAUCCUUUGACAUUAACACACCAAGUGAAACGGAAAGACUACCAAAAAGUAUUGCAAUGGAGUCUUGUGACGAAACCGGUCAUACAGCGACGUUUGUUGCAGCAAACGCUUGCAGAAACAAUUCGAAAACCGAUUCAAGGGAUGGUGAUUUGGCAUAUCUUGGCAAACCUUCUACCUUACAGAAUUUCCCAGAAUUCCAAAAUGUGUCCCUCAACUCGCGGUCAUCUUUAUCUACCGGAAGCGAGCACAGCUCAGAUAGGGGAGAUAACUGGAGACCACGACUUCCGUUGAGAAAUUCUGCGACACUAAGACCUUCGUUUGUUGAGCCAGCUCGGGCAGUGCCGGCAGGCCGUUCCAGUAAAAGCUUGGACCACCUACUCAAGGGAGACAACUUGUUUGACCACUAUAACACUCGCCUCCGAUCGUAUCCCGGCUGGAGCCCCAAGGAAACGGACUUCACGGUCGAGAGGACAAUGUCCAGUGUGAGGCAGCUGGACAGUUAUUUCAUCCUCUGGUACUCACGCCUGAAGAAAAACCUUAUCAUCACCGUCACUUCUGUAGGACAGAUUCUUCACACGCGGGUUCAUACCAAGAUUGUAGAAGGCGAUCGGUUGAUGUAUUACGUCACCAAAGACAAGAUGUUUAAUCACGUGAUUCACCUCCUGGAACACGUGACUAUGCAUGGCCUGCGUUCGCAUGGCGAAAACCGGAGGUCAGGGUCAAGGAAUUCUCGUUUCACCGUGUUACUCAAGCGUCCAGUAGAAGUUUGCUACAAUUCCAAAACAAUAUCUGUUUAAAAAUUGGUUUUUAAUGAUGAUCUGUAUGUUAAACGACGAGUUUAACACAUCAGAUUGCCUCUACAUCGUUUUGGACUAUUCAUCUUGCCCUUUUCAGUUAAUUGUCUGGGUGCUUUUUCAGGUAAUUCAAAACAUCUUUGGGGGAUGUUUUGAAAUCUUAUACUGUCUAUAAAUCUGGCUGACCUGGUUUUGUGCAAUCUUUGCUAUCCAUAUCAUUUAUUUAUUUAUUCAUUAAUUCCACAAUUAAUUGCAUAAACAAAGCAAUGUUUAUGGCAAAAACAAAUCACACAGUAUAACGGAUAAGACAUUGAAAUAUCAAGGCAUACGAUGAAUACAUUGCCAUCAUACUGUUUGUUUCUAAGAGCCAAAGGACAUACAAUUUAUGUGAUUCGAAUUUGAUUUUCUUAACAUAAUAAUUUUGAAAUAUUAUAAAUUGUUGCUUUUGAAAUUGCAUCAUUAUAGUGUCAAAUUUGUAAAUGAUGGCCAAUGUCAAAAAUAUUUUUUAAAACAAGUGUUUCUUAGUUCUCCGUAUUUUGGACAUAAUAAAAGAAGAAGGAGUUCAGUUAUUUAAAAAAAAUCUGGAAUAAUUUGUGUAUAGUGAUGUAGAAAGAACGGUGCAUAGACUAUUGUGAAAUAUGUUUUUGUGAUGUUAGAACGUUUCCUUUUUAAUAAAUGGAUAGUUGAAUGAUGGAACAACCUCGAUUAGCGUGUUAUAGAUGGAUAUUUCUACCACCUCAGAUAAGUAGAUCCAAUAAUUUAACCAUGCUAGAUAUUCUUAUCUUGCCCACGGGCGAAGAUAAAAUGCCCGUAUGGAACUCCUUUUACCACAUUGUAAUUACCUCCCUUGUUAUCAGUAGCAUCAAGUAAAUAUUGUCUUAUGGUAAUAUUUAGAACGCUAAUUAAUUAUUUCUCGCUUCAAUUGUCACCAUAAAACAGUUUUCAGGCACCAUUCAAGAAAUAAUGCUUCAUUCUCCUUAGAACUAUUUAAGAAGACCGAUUUGACUAUUAACAUUAACUGGAUCACUGCGCGUAUAUCUAUGACAACCGCGUGCUAUCGCAUAUCCAUACGCAAUUAUUUUCACUAAGCAAAAAAGAGUUCCAGCAAAAAAUACAUUUUUAGUUAAUUUUGUUUAACUGAGGUGGGAGAAAAAGCAUCUAGCAUAGCUGCUCGUAUAAGAUAGGUUCAUCCCGACCCUCGCGCAGGGUGUUUUGCGGAAACCCGGUAAACCUCGUUUCCGCAAAACACCCUACGCUCGUGUCGGAAUGAACCUAUCUUACACUCUCGGCCAUGGAAGAUACUUAUAUUCUCCCACCUCAGAUAAGUAGAUCCAAAAAUUUGACCAUGCUAGAAUUCUUUUCUCCCACCUCAGAUAAGUAGAUACAAUAAUUUCACUAUGAUGAAAACUCUUAUCUUGCACACGGGCGAAGAUAAAAUGCCCGUAUGGUCACCACAUUGUUAUUACCUCCCUUGUUGAAGACUGUCGUCUGUAGCAUCAUGGAAACCUUGUCUUUUGGCAAUAUUUAGAAUCCUCACUAUUUAUUUCUCGCUUCAAAUGGCACCAUCAUUUUUUUUCACGCUCCAUUCAAGAAAUGAUGUUGCACUCUCCUCAGAACUAUUUAAAGGAUGAUUUGACUAUAAACAUAAUCUGACUCACUGCGCGCAUAUCCAUGUCAACUACGAAUUAGUACAUAUCCAUACGCAUUUAUUUACACUACGCACUGAGGAGUCCAUCGAUUUUUUUUUUUUUUUACUUUAUUUUGAUUAGCUGAGGUGGGAGAAAAAGCAUCUCCCAUAGCCGCUCGUGUUGGAUAGAUUCGCCCAAACCCUGCGCAGGGUGUUCUGCAAAAACUCGGUAAACCUCGUUUCCGCAAAACACCCUACGCUCAGGUUGGAAUGAACCUAUCUUACACUCUUGGCCAUGGAAGAUACUUCUAUUCAAAAUGUGUGUAUCUUCCACGUUUAAGUAUCAUUAGUUUUGUUUUGCCAAAAUUGAUAUGUUACAGUUGUUUGCAACAUUCUUAUUCUUAUAGAGAAUAUAUUGUUAAAUGACACAUUUCCUGUAUAAUUUUACACCAGAAACAAUUUAACGGUAAUAUGUUUAGUAAACCAUAGAAUGGCAUGUAUUUAUUAACUUUUUUUGCACAGUCGAACCCCGUUGGCUCGAACUCGUUUGACUCGAAUUCCUCGUUGGCUCGAACUGAAUGUUUAGGACCCAUUUAUUAAUGCUUAAGGUAAUAAUUCCCGCUUGGCUCGAAUUUUCCGAGGCUCAAGGUAUUUUCGCUAGUCCCUUGGAGUUCGAGCCAAUGGGGUUCGACUGUAAUUGAAUUGCAGAUAACACAUCGUAAUUGUACUAAUAUCCACAUGUUCAUGCAUUCAAAUACAUUAAUUACAAUUCUUAAUUGUUUUUAAGCAAAAUAAAUAUUUGUUGUUAUUGCUAAUUUUUCCUGGAUGCAUUACAUUUUAUUACUCUAGUGGUACGUCGAGUAGUAGAACUGUGCGCGUGUGGACUGGCCUUACAGCCAGGACAGCUAGUUGAGGUUACCACAAAUAUCAUAAUAAUUAUCUUAUUCAUAUUGAAUAGACUGCUUCAUGCAUUGUUCAUUUCUAACUUUCAAUGUAAUAAUAAAAAAAAAAUAAAAAAAAAAAUAAUAAUAUUAAAAA